UUUUUAAUUAUUUCAUUUCUUUCUCUCGCUUUAUUAAAAUAAAAAGAAAUCCUGAUGUUUUUUCAAAAUGGACCAAAAGUAUUAUCUGUAUAACUCCAAGAUUAUCGGUAUAACUCUUCAUAUUAUCGGAGAAGUCAGUUUCUCUUUACUUAAUCGCAAUGUUGCUUUGACCCUAACAAGAGUAAAAAAAAAAAAGAGUUGCUUGUUUAGAAAUUUUCCGUUUAAGCAUGAGCGAGUCGUUGUGGUUUAUCUAUUCAAAUGUGAUGAUCGAGUAUUAUGUGUGUAUAUAUAUAUGUAUGUUAAAGUCGACGUAAACGCCAAUGUUGUAGCGCACACGACGAUGGUAUCUGUUACUCUCGCGUUUGUCAUUUUGUACCAAUUCUCUAUCGGGGAGUGUUUUCGGUUAUGGGAUCCACAUACGACGAAUGUAACUCAGCCUUUUGAACGUGCUCGGAAUAAUACGACGCACGUUGCAAAAACUGUGCCUUUAUUUAACGAGACGACUAUUAAUACAGUUGAGUCUCAAAUUGUGGACUGCUUCGGACUGGGAGAGACAGUCGCGGCGAAACUGGAAUCGCUCUUUAGCAGUAAGCCUAAUGGGAGUGACGCCUUGGACGUGCAGUUUCGUUUAUCUUCUAGAAAACGACCGCGCCGCGUGCACGUGGUGCUUGGCGAACAAUUUGGUUUAGAAUGGGCAGACUUUAAGAUAGAACGCAGGACGGUGAUCAUAGUACACGGUUUCUUGUCGCAUAGCCAGGAGACAUGGAUCAGCGAUAUGGAGCAGGCAUUACUCGAAUGGGAUGACGUUAACGUCGUGAUAAUAGAUUGGAGUGCCGGCGGUAAUACGUUGAAUUACUAUAAAGCAGUGGUCAACACCAGAAUAGUGGGAUAUCAAGUAUCAAAAUUUAUAGAACACGUAACAAACGCUACGAUCAAUAAUGCGCGUGAUGGAUCGGAUGUAAUCAAUUGGGGCCCUUUACAUCUAAUAGGACAUAGUCUCGGCGCCCACAUUUGUGGAUUCGCCGCAAAAGAGUUGAAAAAAAGACAAAACAGAUGGACAGUGUCGAGAAUUACCGGUCUAGAUCCGGCACAACCUUGUUUCCGCAAAGCUGACGCGUCUCUUCAUUUACAUAAAAAUGAUGCACCGUUCGUUGACGUGAUACAUACGAACGGCCAAUUACUCACGAGGCUGGGUCUUGGUUUACCCGAAACUAUAGGUCACGUUGAUUUCUAUCCAAACGGCGGUAAAACGCAACCUGGCUGUAUAAGAGUGGAAUCAUCGUACUUCACUUUUUGGAACAUUCCAAGAGAUGCGGUACAACGAGCGAUAUGUAGCCAUGGACGUUCUUACGACUAUCUCACGGAAUCUUUGAGAUCUGCUACUGCGCGCAAUUGCAGUUUCUGGGCACAUCAAUGGAAUUUGACAUACAGACAUUUUUUACAAAUAAUCGAAGAACCAUGCGAUAGAGAUAGCUGCACAGAGAUGGGCAUUAAAGCAGAAAUGUAUGAUCAACGCGGAAGUUUUUUCGUAGCUACAGCCAAUACCAGUCCGUUUUGCGCCAAUAGCACCGAUGUUAUAGAGGAAGUAAAAAGGCAAAUGCAACAGGAUUAUUUUCAUCACAUGGAGGAUUAACAAAUUGCAAACUUUUGGAUAACUUAUUUUUAAAUAAAUGUGCACUAUGAUAGCAUACUUAAAUAUUUUUUUAUGUCUGGAUAUUUACAGUUGAUUGUUUGCAUAAUACAAAUUUUAUAUAUAUAUAUAUAUAUAUAUAUAUAUAUAUAUAUAUGUGGGUGUGUGUGCGUGGUGUGCAAACACACACACACACGCACACAAUUUUUUACAUUUGUUUGCGUGUUUUAUUCUUUCGCGCAAACUGUUUAACAGUUAUUUUGAGAUUUUGCUAUACUUGUUAUUUUCAUAAAUUUUUAAUAAAAAUGAAGAAAAAAAUCAUUAUAUAUGUGUGAUAAUUUUGGCUUUAAAAAUGAAAUAUACGAUGUGUGUGUAUAUAUAUAUAUAUACAGCAUGUUUGAAAAAUAGUGUUUCAAAGACAGAAAUAUAACGGUUAGAGCUUUAAAGAAUAAAAUUAAGUGCACAUAAACAAUCACAAUCAUUACACGAUAGAAAAUAAAAGAAAGUACACCAAUUGAUUUAUAUCAACAUGAUUAUGCUAGGGAAGUAACGUGAAUUUUCAGUAAAAUUAAACUUUCAAACAUACUGUACUGCAUAUCCUGACAAGAAUAACUAACGCACGAUGAGUUAAAAUGCAUUGUCAGAAUUAAUAAAAAUACUCAAAGUUGUUA